UAUCUAUAUUCUAUCUUCUUUCCUGGAAUUAUAAAUCUAACCUUGUAUGAAAUUUAAAAAAAUUGUGAACAAAAUUGUGAAAGCUACGUACUAAUGCUGGGGAGGGAAUAUAGGAAUUGUUUACGAAAUGUUGCUUUUAUUUUUGCUGUGUCAUUAAUGUUGCUUCAAGUGAUGACGUCAAGACAGGCGUCACGGCCAAACGUUAUCAAAGAACGCCUGAAGAGUAACAUCUUUAGAAGAAAUAGUACCAAACCUAAUAUAUUGUUUAUUGUGGCGGAUGAUUACGGAUUUAAUGAUAUCGGUUACCAUGGCUCCGAGAUAAAAACACCAAAUUUGGACAAAUUAGCAAUGUCUGGAUUAAGACUGGAGAAUUACUACGUACAACCUAUAUGUACCCCUACACGAAGUCAACUGAUGACCGGCAGAUACCAGAUUCAUACUGGGCUACAAAGUGGUGUAAUAUGGCCAACAGAGCCGAGCAGUAUACCUCUAGACAGUAAAACUAUUGCCGACAAGUUAUCUGAUGCCGGAUAUUCCACACAUAUGGUAGGAAAAUGGCAUUUAGGAUACCACAAGAAGUCAUAUCUCCCUACAAGACGAGGAUUUCAUAGUUUCUUUGGAUUUUUAAACGGGCACAAUGACUAUUUCACUUAUACAACACGAUACAAAACUUACCAUGGAUACGACCUUCGUGAAAACGAGGCUCCGGCAAACAUACGGAAAUAUCACGGCAAAUAUUCCACCCACGUGUUCACUAAAAAGACAAUAGAUAUCUUCAAAAAUGAUCAAACAGGGAAGCCUAUUUUUGUUUACCUACCAUUCCAAGCACCACAUUCGCCAUUGCAAGUUCCAAGUUCGUACAUGGGCCAAUACAAGCAUAUCCACAGCCGUGCCAGGAGGACCUAUGCAGCGAUGGUUUCAUGCAUGGACGAAGCAGUUGGAAACAUUACCAAAGCUUUGAAAAGUCUGGGAUUGUGGGACAACACUUUACUAGUAUUUACAACAGAUAACGGUGCGGAAUAUGGCUACGGUAGUAAUUCACCAUUACGAGGCUUUAAAGGGAGUUUCUGGGAAGGCGCCAUUAGAGCUGUGGGUUUCGUGCAUGGUAAACAGUUGAACAAAAAUCUGAUUGGCUCGGUAUCAAACGAACUUCUUCACGUGACCGACUGGUUCCCAACGCUGGUCAAAGUUGCAGGCGGUGACUUGGAGGGAACGAAACCUUUGGAUGGUUAUGACCAGACGGACUGCAUUUUUAAAGGGAAGUCAAGUAAGCGGACGGAAAUUCUGAUUAACAUUGAGCCAAUCAGAAGAGCCCCUGGUCAACCAUUGUUCAACAAAACAUUCGAUACAACAAUCAGCGCCGCAAUAAGACUUGGGAAAUGGAAACUUGUCACCGGCACACCGAGAGGUGGACCAGUACGAAAGCCACGCAAUCCAAACUUGUGGCUAAUGAAUAUCGAGAAUGACCCGCAUGAACUAAGGGACGUCUCGGACAAAUAUCCCACUGUAGUUAGAUAUAUGCUUAAACGUCUUGAAUAUUAUCAAAGCACUGCAGUGCCGAUUGUGAAACCCGAACAAGAUCCGAUGGCAGACCCCGCUCUCCUUGACGGUUUCUGGGGACCCUGGCUUGAGGACGGAUAGAUUCUGGGUUUUAGCCGACCAAUCAAAUGUGUUUAAAAAAAACAGUCUGGUAAUUCUCAGACGUAAAUUAU